AUGAUCUACUCCCUAGUCUCCGCGACGCUUCUGCUGCUCCUACUACCGUAUUCGGUUGCUACCGUAUCCCGCGCCGAGCGGCUUACCGCAGACCCGAAUCCGGUGUGGGGCCCCGAGUCGGAGGCCAACGACCGGAAAGCCGAUUUCCGGCGAGCUGUCCUGUUGCACACGGCUGGCGGAGACUGGGCGAUGGGCGAGAAUGCUUGGUUCAUCACCCUCACCUACGGCCACAAAAUUGUCGAAGCCAUUGUCGAAAUUACCAUUGGAGCCCGAGGAGUUAUGGGAAGCCCGUAUGCGCCACACCGCGGGAUUCUGACCGUUGAGGAUGGAGAACAAAACACUCUCUGCACGGUCCCGUAUGACCUGGACGGCGAGGGAAACGCUUAUUUUACGUGCCGACUGCCGGAACCAGAAAGGCUCGUGCUCGACGAGAAAAUGUUCCCCAUCGUGGCUCUGGUGCCGAUCGACUCGACCAACAAGAUUUUGGGCAUUCAGGAGGCCAUGCUCCACAUCAGGACGAGACCGAUCGGGAUUCCUUGCCAGCAGGCCUGCGGCCCGGUCCCGCUCUCCAUUAAGCCGCCCGGCCUCAACUCGCCCGCCCAGCUGAACAUUGGCAUGUGUAUGUUCGCGGAUUUGAGUAUGUACGAAAACCAAGAAAACGAGCGCCCACACUGCGUCCCGGCGUCGUGGAAGGACACGAAAGUUUCGUAUACGGUGUUGGAUGAGGAGAGAGCGAACAUUCUCCCGCACGCCGUCAUCGACAAGUGCGAGUGCAGGAUCUAC